CAGGGUGGGAUAUUUUGUCUGCUCCCCCUCACCCUGCCCAGCUCUGUGCUUUGCUUGGCUCUUUCCUCCCCUGCGUUGCUUUCCUUUGCUCCACCAUCCCCAUACCGCCUUCUGCAAUGCUGCCACACAGGCAGCUCCAAAUUCCCCAGCACUUGUAAACUUAAUAUUUGGUUUUGCAUUUAUUUUUUAAUUUUUUAAUUUUGGAGAAGUUCAACCUGUGGAUUACAUGCAUCAGGAAACAAGCCUGUGAUCACCAAGUGGAAAUGGAAUAAUUUACCAACAGGGAGUUUUUUUUUUUUGCUGUCAAGUGGAUGCUGAUUGGAUUGGAUUGCGGAAACUGUGAUUUUCCAGUCAGGUCUGCAUGAGGAGGCUUUGCCCCCAACUGAAAGGAUUAGACCUGAAAUAGUCUCCGUAUCACCAUGGCUGAAGCAAGCACAUCCGCCGCCUCUUCCUCCUCCUCCUCCUCAGCCGGUGGGUCCAAUGGAGCAGUGGCGCCACAGACGAGCUCUCUCCGGUCUAAAGGUCUGGGGCUCCUCAGGAAGGUGAAAGUGUCCGUGGAGCUGUUGAUCGCACUGGGUGCUCUGCUGUCCUGGGUGGUUGUGGGAGUGGUGAUGUUUGACUUUGUGGAGUACAAGGCAGUCCCCGACAUUCAGCAAAUCAUUACGGACCCUGUGCAAGCAGUGAACGACGCUGUUGAUGAAGUAUCCAGUCUGCUCAAUAAAUUCCAAGAGUGUGCACCUGAUUUAAGUGACCCCAUGUCAGCUGCCACAUAUGCAGCGGAGGAAAUAUCAGUAGCGAAAGAUGGAUUUGUUCGAUACUUUUCAGAUGAGGAAGGAAACUUCUAUCUCAGCUACAUUGACCCCGUGGUCAUUGGUAGGCAAGCUUUCCAUUCAACUAAUGACUUCGUGUGCGGAGUGGUGGGCUCCUUCAGGGACACACUGUGUGCUAUUGUGGAUACUGUGUUGGAUACUAUAUCAGAUAUAAAUAAAGGAAUAAUUGACCUUAGCUACAUUGACCCUGUGGUCAUGGGCAGAGGUGUCUUCAGUGUUACCAAUGACACUGUGAGUGGAAUAGUGGGCUACAUGCAGGAUGUCCUCUGUGCCAUCUUAGACAGUGUACUGGAUAUAACAAAAGGAACCACUGACAUUAGCUUCAUUGACCCUGUGGUCAUUGGCAGGAAUGUCUUCAGUGUUACUAAUGACUUUGUGAGUGGAGUAGCAGGAUAUAUCCAGGAUGUGCUUUGUGCAAUCUUAGAUCUAAUACUGGACACAUUCAAAGGUAUCCAGGAUGCUGUGGGAUUCAGUCCGAUGUCGGUUCUGCAGAGAACAGCAGAAAUCACCACAGAACAGAUAAGCAUGCUUGUGAGCUACGUCUCCACAAUGCUGAUCGGUGAACAAGGCAUCGUGCCGGAAGUGUCCAUUGACCCCAUGAAAGUUGUUGAAGAUGCUGUGUUGGAGUUCACAGACAAGAAGGAUUUGUUCGUGGCGUACAUGUCGAGCAUGAUUGUUGGUGAUGAAGGUGAACCUGCUGCCACGCCAGUUGUAAACAUAGUAACUGAAAAAGAUGAAACUGUAGCCUCUCCAGCUGAUAUAAAUCUGGUGAGAAGAAAAGGUGAAUUUCUGCCACCUUUCGAAAAAGUUCUCAAAGAGGCAAAGGAAAGACAUGCAAUAAAAGAAGUUAAAGAAGCCAUUAUUAAAGAACUCAAAGCCAAAGAAACUGAGAAGGAUGAGAAAAAAGAGAAAGAAGCCAAAUUUGAAGAAACCAUAGAGAUAAAACUAAAAGAAGAAAAGCCGAAAGCAGAGGCAAAACCCCUUGAGAAGGAGCCAGAGAGGCCCAAAGGAGAAGAGGCAAGGAAAAAGCUUCCCAAAGAGGCGAAAGCAGUCAAGAAACCUUCCAAAGAGGAGAAAGAAGCCAAAAAAUCACCUAAAGAAGACAAAGAGGUCACAAAACUACCCAAAGAAGAGAGGGAAGUUAAGAAACCUCCAAAAGAAAAGAAAGAAGUCAAGAAACCUUCCAAAGCAGAGAGGGAAGUCAAGAAACCUUCCAAAGCGGAGAAAGAAGUCAAGAAACCACCUAAAGAAGAGAGAGAAGUCAAGAAACCACCUAAAGAAGUAAAAGAAGUAAAGAAACCACCUAAAGAGGAGAAAGAUGUUAGGAAACCAGUUAAAGAAGAGAAAGAAGUCAAGAAAUCACAUAAAGAAGAGAAAGCGCCCACAAAACCUCCCAAAGAGGAGAAAGAAGUCAAGAAACCUCCCAAAGAAAAGACAGAAGUCAAGAAACCUUCCAAAGAGGAGGAAGAUGUCAAGAAACCACAUAAAGAAGAGAAAGAGCCCACAAAACCUCCAAAAGAAAAGAAAGAAGUGAAGAAACCUUCCAAAGAGGAGGAAGAUGUCAAGAAACCACCUAAAGGACUGAAAGAAGUGAAGAAACCUUCCAAAGAAGAGAAAGAAGUCAAGAAACCAUCUAAAGAGGAGAAAGAGGUCAAGAAACCUCAUAAAGAAGAGAAGGAAGUUAAGAAACAACCCAAAGAAGAGAAAGAAGUCAAGAAACCAUUUAAAGAGGAGACGGAAGCCAAGAAACCAUCUAAAGAAGACAAAGAAGUUAAGAAACCACCCAAAGAGGAGAAAGAAGUCAAGAAACCACCCAAAGAAGAGAAAAAAAUCAAGAAACCAAUUGAGGAGGAUAAAGAAGUCAAGAAACCAUCUAAAGAGGAGACAGAGGCCAAGAAACCACCCAAAGAAGACAAAGAAGUUAAGAAACCAUCCAAAGAGGAGAAAGAGGUCAAGAAACCAAUUGAGGAGGAUAAAGAAGUCAAGAAACCACAUAAAGAAGAGAAAGAAGUCAAGAAACCAUCUAAAGAGGAGGCAGAGGCCAAGAAACCACCUAAAGAAGACAAAGAAGUUAAGAAACCACCCAAAGAGGAGAAAGAAGUCAAGAAACCACAUAAAGAGGAGAAAGAAAUCAAGAAACCAUCUGAAGAGGAGAAAGAGGUCAAGAAACCACCCAAAGGAGAGAAAGAAAUCAAGAAACCAUCUAAAGAGGAGAAAGAAGUCAAGGAACCACCUAAAGAAGAGAAAGAAGUCAAGAAACCACUUAAAGAAGAGAAGGAAGUCAAGAAACCACCUAAAGAAGAGGAAGAAGUCAAGAUACCACCGAAAGAAGUGACAGAAGUGAAGAAAUCAUCUAAAGAGGAGAAAGAAGUGAAGAAACCAUCUAAAGAUGAUAAAGAAUUCAAGAAACCAUCUAAAGAGGAGAAAGAAAUCAAGAUACCACCCAAAGAAGUGACAGAAGUGAAGAAACCAUCUAAAGAGGAGAAAGAAGUCAAGAAACCAUCUAAAGAUGAUAAAGAAGCCAAGAAACCAUCUAAAGAGGAGAAAGAAGUGACAAAGACCCACAAAGAAGUGACAGAAGUCAAGAAACCCCACAAGGAGGAGAAAGAAGUCAAGAAACCAUCUAAAGAGGAGAAAGAAGUAAAGAAACCAUCUAAAGAUGAUAAAGCAGUCAAGAAACCAUCUAAAGAGGAGAAAGAAGUGACAAAGCCCCACAAAGAAGUGACAGAAGUCAAGAAACCCCACAAGGAGGAGAAAGAAGUCAAGAAACCACUUAAAGAAGAGAAAGAGGUGACAAAGCCCCACAAAGAAGUGACAGAAGUCAAGAAACCCCACAAGGAGGAGAAAGAAGUCAAAAAACCACUUAAAGAAGAGAAAGAGGUGACAAAGCCUCACAAAGAAGAAAAAGAAGUCAAGAAACCCCACAAGGAGGAGAAAGAAGUCAAGAAACCACUUAAAGAAGAGAAAGAGGUGACAAAGCUACACAAAGAAGAAAAAGAAGUCAAGAAACCCCACAAGGAGGAAAAAGAUGUCAAGAAACCACAUAAAGAAGAGAAAGAGGUGACAAAGCCUCACAAAGAAAAGACAGAAGUGAAGAAACCUUCCAAAGAAGAGAAGGAAGAAGUCAAGAUACCACCGAAAGAAGUGACAGAAGUGAAGAAACCUUCCAAAGAAGAGAAAGAAGUCAAGAAACCAUCUAAAGAGGAGAAAGAGGUCAAGAAACCACAUAAAGAAGAGAAGGAAGUUAAGAAACAACCCAAAGAAGAGAAAGAAGUCAAGAAACCAUUUAAAGAGGAGACGGAAGCCAAGAAACCAUCUAAAGAAGACAAAGAAGUUAAGAAACCACCCAAAGAGGAGAAAGAAGUCAAGAAACCACCCAAAGAAGAGAAAAAAAUCAAGAAACCAAUUGAGGAGGAUAAAGAAGUCAAGAAACCAUCUAAAGAGGAGACAGAGGCCAAGAAACCACCCAAAGAAGACAAAGAAGUUAAGAAACCAUCCAAAGAGGAGAAAGAGGUCAAGAAACCAAUUGAGGAGGAUAAAGAAGUCAAGAAACCACAUAAAGAAGAGAAAGAAGUCAAGAAACCAUCUAAAGAGGAGGCAGAGGCCAAGAAACCACCUAAAGAAGACAAAGAAGUUAAGAAACCACCCAAAGAGGAGAAAGAAGUCAAGAAACCACAUAAAGAGGAGAAAGAAAUCAAGAAACCAUCUGAAGAGGAGAAAGAGGUCAAGAAACCACCCAAAGGAGAGAAAGAAAUCAAGAAACCAUCUAAAGAGGAGAAAGAAGUCAAGGAACCACCUAAAGAAGAGAAAGAAGUCAAGAAACCACUUAAAGAAGAGAAGGAAGUCAAGAAACCACCUAAAGAAGAGGAAGAAGUCAAGAUACCACCGAAAGAAGUGACAGAAGUGAAGAAAUCAUCUAAAGAGGAGAAAGAAGUGAAGAAACCAUCUAAAGAUGAUAAAGAAUUCAAGAAACCAUCUAAAGAGGAGAAAGAAAUCAAGAUACCACCCAAAGAAGUGACAGAAGUGAAGAAACCAUCUAAAGAGGAGAAAGAAGUCAAGAAACCAUCUAAAGAUGAUAAAGAAGCCAAGAAACCAUCUAAAGAGGAGAAAGAAGUGACAAAGACCCACAAAGAAGUGACAGAAGUCAAGAAACCCCACAAGGAGGAGAAAGAAGUCAAGAAACCAUCUAAAGAGGAGAAAGAAGUAAAGAAACCAUCUAAAGAUGAUAAAGCAGUCAAGAAACCAUCUAAAGAGGAGAAAGAAGUGACAAAGCCCCACAAAGAAGUGACAGAAGUCAAGAAACCCCACAAGGAGGAGAAAGAAGUCAAGAAACCACUUAAAGAAGAGAAAGAGGUGACAAAGCCCCACAAAGAAGUGACAGAAGUCAAGAAACCCCACAAGGAGGAGAAAGAAGUCAAAAAACCACUUAAAGAAGAGAAAGAGGUGACAAAGCCUCACAAAGAAGAAAAAGAAGUCAAGAAACCCCACAAGGAGGAGAAAGAAGUCAAGAAACCACUUAAAGAAGAGAAAGAGGUGACAAAGCUACACAAAGAAGAAAAAGAAGUCAAGAAACCCCACAAGGAGGAAAAAGAAGUCAAGAAACCACUUAAAGAAGAGAAAGAGGUGACAAAGCCUCACAAAGAAGAAAAACAAGUCAAGAAACCCCACAAGGAGGAGAAAGAAGUCAAGAAACCACCUAAAGAAAAGAAAGAGGUGACAAAGCCUCACAAAGAAGAAAAACAAGUCAAGAAACCUUCCAAAGAAGAGAAGGAAGAAGUCAAGAAACCACUCAAAGAAGAUGAAGAAAAGACACAUCCAAAAGAAGAGGAAAAAACACCCAAAGAAAUGGUACACUCAAAACCAUCUCAGAAAGAGAGAGAUCCAAAACAACACCCUCAAGUGGAGAUAGUAGAGAAAGAGGCUAAACCUAAAGAACUGGAGUCAAUAAAAAUGCCUUCUAAAGAAAAGACAGAAGUGAAGAAACCCUCUAAGGAGGAAAAGGAAGAGGUGAAGCCAUUUAAAGAGGAGAAAGAAAUUAAGAAACCCAAAAAGGAGAAAGACGGAAAAGAGGUUAAGAAGCCCUCUAAAGAGAAGAAAGAAGUAAAGCCUUCCAAGGAAGAGAAAAAAGAGGCAAUAACUUCAGUGGAAGCUGUAGACGUGGAGAAACCUUCUAAAGUAGAGACAGAAGUUAAGAAACUCUCUAAAGAAAAGACAGAAAUGAAGAAGUCUCCUCUUGAAGAGAAAACGCCUCCCAAAGUAACAAAGCCUGCAAAAGAAGAACCAGAAAAGAUCUCCAAAGAGAAGAAACAACCAGCUAAACCUUCUGAAGAGUUGAAAGAGGAGGAGAAGCAAGAGAGGCGUACCAAAGAAAAGGCAGUACCAAAGAAGCCCUCUAAAGAAAAACAAGAACCAGAGAAACCUUCUAAAGAAGAAAAAGAACCUACAAAACUGCCUAUAAAGGUAGAAAAAGAACCAAAGAAACCUACCAAAGAGGAGACAGAGCAAAAGAAGCCCCUGAAGAAACAGGAACAGGAGAAGCCUCACAAAGAAAAGACAGAAGUCAAGAAGAUUUCUAAAGAAGAAAAGGAACCAAAGAAGAUCUCUAAGGAAGACACAGAACCAACAAAGCCUUCUAAAGAAGAGAAAGAAAUCAAGAAGAGUCCUAAAGAAGAGAAAGAACUUAUCAAGAAGAGAGACACACAGACAGAUGUUAGACCAAAAAGUGCUGCGAGGAGAAUUAGAGUAGUCAAGAAAGAAGUUGCAUCUGUCCUGAAGAAGGAACAUCUUAAUGCAACAAAAACAGUUGAAGAACCCAAGAAGACUGUAAAGAUGCUGAAAGCUUCUAAAAAACAGAUUGUUCCUAUACUGAAAAAGGAACAUGUGAAUGUUACAAAAACAGAUGCUCCAGAAGUUCCCAAGGUGAAAGCCAAACCAGAACCUGCAAAGAAAGUGGCAGCUCCCAAGGAGCCCAAGAAGGAACCAAAGCAAAAAAUCAAACCUGCAAAACCAGAUAUUGAUGCAGUGAAGGAAAAGGAAAAACCAACCCCUUUAAAGAAAGAAGUUCCAAAGGAAAAGGUCAAAGCAGCUGCUGUCAAGAAAGAGGUUGCUGCUACAAAAGAAAAGGCCAAACCAGUCACCUUGAAAAAAGAACAACAAGGGACUCCCAGAAAUGCCUCUUUGGUAAAAGAGAGAGUCAAAAUAGUGCCUAUGAAGAAAGUAGUCAAGGUGCCCAAAGAGAAAGUCAAAGGAGUCUCUGCAAAGACAGCUGAGGUUUCAAAACAGAAGCACAAGCCAGUUCUAAGAAAGAGAGAACCUGCUCCUCUCAAGACAAAACCAGCCCCAGUAGUCAAAGAGACAGAAGCACCUCACAAAAAUGCAUCUCUUACAAAGGAGAAGGUGAAGGUGGUGCCACUGAAGAAAGUGCCUGUAACUCCAAAAGAGAAAGUUAAACCAGCAUCAACACAAAAAGAAGCUGAAGUUCUCAAGGAGAAGAAGGCCGAGCCAGUGGCGCCCAAAAAAGCACCAGUUACCAAGGAAAAACCAGCACCUGCUGAAAAGAAGAAAGAAGCUGUUGUGAAAGAAAAGACAAAAACCUCAAAGAAAGGUGCUGAACCUGAGGCCAAGCCAGUUCUUGCCAAAAAAGAAACAGUAGUUACAAAGGAGAAGCCUAAAGCAGUUCAUGAAAAGAAAGCUCCUUCUAAAGCAGAGGCUGAUGCAAGAAAAGAAAAAGUCAAAACUCUGCUAAAGACGAAAGAGCCCAAAGCACCAGAGGAGAAAGUCAAACCAGCUGUUAAAAAAGAACUGGAGAGUCCUAAAGCAAAGGACAAACCUCCUGUAGAAAAGAAAGAAAAACCAGUUGAGAAGAAGACAGCCAAAGAGGAGAAAGCUGAAGAGGACAGAGUUCUUAAAGAGAUACAGCCGCCUGCAAAGAAAGAAAAACCUGUAGAGAAGAAAGCUGCCAAAGAGGAGAAGAUUAAAGCAGAGCCUGCUGUAUCAGACUUUCUUAUGGACGACGAGCUGCCCUACUUCCAGUGCUUCUUUGUGGAUGAGGACGAGGCCCAGUUUCCGUUCUACGCCUUCUCGCCGCUGCAGAUUUGAAGCUUCAGUCUGACGCCAGUCUGAGGUUUACAGUUUACAGUGUAGUCAAUUUCCUGAUAAUGACAAGGUCACAUCACACCCUGUGCUGCUGAAACGCGGCUGCUGUUCACUGUUGGUCUGCAGGAUAAAAAAGCCUGGACAGCAGAGGAUGAUGGGUGAUGGACCAUUAUUUUAUUUCCAGAUUUGGUUGAGCUCUCGUACCAAAUACAUGCAGCUAAUGUCAUUCCUUUUUUUUUCUGAUUUCUGAUUUCUGUUUUUAUUUUUUUAUUUUUUUGCAUUCAAUUCUUUUGAAAGGUGGAUUUCAUUUAUAUUUUACAUGGAACAAUCUAGUGUAGGAUCAUUCAUUUAGAUCCUCAAAGCAACACAUGCAAAUACGUUUAAUAUAAUUUACUACUCACUUCAUUUUCUCAUGAUGUAAAAAAAAGAACGACCUCUGCACUACUGUACAAUGGUGCAGUUUUUUAAGUAGUAACGUAGUAUUGAAUAUGUUCAACCGUGCUGUAAACAGGGUACAAAAAAAUGGCCACAAUCACUAAUCCAAGGCUUACAGGGGUUCAGUUCCUCUAAGCCCACGUUUACUUGAAAAGUGGUUUGUACAUGAAUUUUUAUGCUUGUUCAUGUGUGUAGUUUAUUUUCUUCAUCGCAUGGAAAAUGGCAAAAUCUUUAAUACCCUGCUUCUAUAGCCCUUUAUUCAACAGUUGGACUUUUUUUGUGUUUGUGCAUAAUUCCAUAAUCUUGAUAUUAUUUUAUUUAUUUCAAUGAAUUUGUUUUUCCUCUUACAUUUUCCUCUUUUUCUUCCCUACUGGGCACACAAAGGGAAUCAAAGCAUUACUAAAAGGAAAUUGAUCUUCUUUGCAUUUUUAAAGACACAGCACCAAUGUUUGUUUUUUUUUCUUUUGUUUUUUAGUUGUUAAUUGUCAAAAGGAAUGACUAUGCACUGUAUAAGAGAGCUCCCAAUCUUACUCAUGAAACACUACCUGACAUGUUGACAUUUAAAGUCUUAUUAAACUUUGUCAUCUAGACAUUUGCACCAGCUCCUCAUUUUGAUAUUGGUGCUAAUAAGAAGCGUUGCAUUGCCUGAACUCUCAGAAUGAGGUUUGAUGUCUUUUUACAUUGUAAUUGUUUCUGGCGUCAAGUAUCAGAUUCAUUCUGUAAUUACUCUGAUAGACCAAAAACACACUGUGACCGACUUUGGUCGUUGUCCGUGUGCACAACAUAGAAACUUGACAUAUUUUGGAAACCAUUUGCGCAGGUUCAAGAACGUGGCAGAAGAGUCAAAGACACUAUUUCCAGGUUAAAAGUCUUUGAAAAUAAUAUUGUGUAUUUCAUGCUGCUGGUCUACAUAAUAUUAAUGCGUAUCUUUUUUUGACUUUUUAAAUGCAGCAUGAUAUAAACAGGAUUUAUAUUAUAUGGAUAUCCUGUACUUAAGAUGUACAGGCAGGCCUACCUGAUGUCAGAUUGAUUUCGAAAACUGAUGUUGGUCAUAAACUCAAAGCCAAAUCAUGUUUUUGAAAUCUCUGAAAAAUGAUAUAUAGACAGUACCCAUGUUGGCAUCAAUGUGGUUAUGUUUAAUGUUGAAACAAUGACAUCUUUGAUUAUAGCUGUUGAUCAUGUGAUCACACUCUUAAGUUGUUGCAGAGGGUGUUGCAUGUUUGGGCAGAUGAUCUCAGAUGUUAAUUGUCACAUUAAUUCUCAGUCAGCUUGUUGCAGCUGUUGUUUACAUAUGGCUCUUUACAUUUUGCUCCAUAUGCUGCAUAGAAGACAGUUGUAACAGCUUGCAGUACUAAUCUGAGUCCACAUAAAUGUAAAUCCACUUAUAUUCUUAUUAAAAUUAUAGGAACACACUUUGGUGCAUAAGACCCUCUGCAGCUCACACCGAGCUCAGGCUCCAGUAACUGUAGUGUAACAGCUGGAGUUUUGUGGUGAUGUGACUGUUGAAGUUGUGGGUAAAGACACUGUCCUGUCUUUGAAUAUUUCUAGAAGUUAUUGGAUUUUAGGAAAGAAGAUGGGUAACUAAAAACAUUUUGAUUGAUGGCGGCAACAGAUUAUUUGUCUCAGUCGUGUUAACUGAAUUAUAUCAGAAGACUCACUUUUACCAAGUGAAUAUGUGCAAUACAUAAAUAUUUGAUGAUCUCAGUGAUGAAGCACUGUAUGUUUGUCUGACAGUCCUAGAAUGAAAUGUGCAUGAUGUGUGUUUUUAUUUUAUGCUCUCAAAUGUUUAUAUUAUAAUUUUCCCCAACCUUGAGAAUGGCAACACUAAAUACUUGAACUCAUGAAUCCAAUAAAUGACAUUUUGUCUCUGUGUAGUGUUGCUAACAUCAUAUAAUUACAGUUACAUAACUGUAAUUAAAGUAACCUCAUUGUAAAUAGUUAAAUGAAUGGAAAAAUAGACUAGAGAUUUGCUGAAAAUGAUGUUUUCAAUCAUUACUACUGAAAGUGCUCUUUACCUUCAAAUCACAUUAUGUUUCAUUUGUCAGUGACACCUUCAUUUUGUCUGUGAAUAGAAGCUAUUUAACAUUAAAACAUAGCAAUGCAAUGCAAAA